UCAUAAUAUCCUACUGUAGGCAUGCAACUAUACUCAUUUCACUAUGAGGCUUACAUUAUAUGUCCUGAAGUUUGGGAAGAUUCCAGGGCGCCUAAGAUACGGAAAACAUCAAUUGCCUCAUCACAUUUCUGAAAAGAGCAGGGCUGAAUUUGUCAAGUUUUUACAAAUUGAAUUGGAGAAUGAAAUGUGGCUCACGAGGCCCUAUCUAUCAAAAGCACAAGAAGAGUAUUUGCCGAAUGGUACAAGGUUUACUGCCCCAGAACAUAGGUGGAAGAACACUACUUCAAUAGAAUUGGAAGAUGAGCUGAGAGAGUUUAAAACUUGCUACAGAAUAAAUAUUCCUUCUCAUGUUGCUUUAGAAGACAGAUGGUCAUCACUUCAUAUUGAGGCCAAAUGGGAAAGAAAUAAGGACAUCACUGUGAAUAGAUUUCAAAAAUAUAGUGAAAUGGCCCAAAUCAAGAGGAUUCCAGAUCGACUACCUAGGCCUGUGGAUAAAUGGAGUGAGUGGGAGCGUGUAAAGGGUGUAAAGCAAAAUAAAAGUCUGGAGUGUUAUAAUAGUGACUCUAGUGAAACAUAAAUUUGCUGCCAUAUCUGGACAUAAGACUGGGUGAGAUUUUGUCAUUUGCUCAUAUGAAAAAAUCAUUUUACGAUCCUUCUUGACCAUCAAGCCCAUGCAGCAAAAUAAAUACCUGGCAGAGUGAGCUAAGCAUCGUGAAAUAGUAACCUGGCGAGAUGAUAUGGUACACCUUCAUCAUACAGGGUUGUCCAAAACGAAAGGAAUAUUGAAUCUCAGAAUAAUGGCUAAAUUUUGAUAAAAAAUAAAAUAUCUGAAUCUGAAUUUUGGCUCUCAGCAAGAUGUUUCGUAUUUGAGGGAAAUCUUCAAUCGUUUUGUCACAGCCUGACGGUGUGGCGCAUUGUGCCAGGCAUUAGAAUACGCCCCCGCCACAUGAAUAAGCAGUCAUAUCGGCUUUCCGCUUCAAUGAAUGAAGCACAUUUAUUCAGGUUUAAUCUUAAGCUACUGCAAAUCAUUUUUUUCAUACUAUUAACAGUUUUGGAAGACGCUUAAUGUGGAGUAUCCAACAGGAAAUGAACAAAUUAAAAAAAA